CUAAAACAACGACAUCGAUUUAGCUGUCAAGCGGUCUAAUCAGUCCAGGUCGCCGGCAGGAGUAGUUAACUCUACCUGAGUACGCUAGUUAAUCAAUUUUCAGGAGUUGUGACAUUUUGUUGCACCGAAAUAUCGACUGCCACAAGACAACGACAACAGGGGAUGCAGAAAUGGUAUUUGCUGCAAACCUUAUUUUCUGGUCGGGCUUCUGCCUUCUAGUGGCUACUGCCGAAGCUCCUCAAACUCAGAGCGCGCGUAAUAAUAGUCAGUUUUGGCUAGGAAAACAAGUAAGCAUUUCGAACGCAGAACAAGCUGCUCUUAGCGCCGAGUCGUUCAGACGGCCCCGGGCGAUGAAGCAAAAUCGUAACCCGAAAAAACUCGCUAAGGGCGUUCCCGCCUCAAGCACGCUGACACAUAAUCACCGGCGCGAAGAACCUGCAGGUUCCAAUACGGGAUCCCUAGAGCGACGUCCACCGUUGAAUGAAGUGAAAUCAAGGCGCGGCAAAGAGGAGGAAGACCGUUCGCUUGAUCAAGGUGGUAAACUUUUUGUGAAAGGCGCUGAGGAAACAUGCUUUGAUGGGAUAUUUCCGCUCGAUCCUAGUAAUAAAACCUUCCCCGAGAGUCCGAGGGUAUUGAACAACUACCAUUGCAGAUUGAGGGUAGUUAUUGAUUAUCAUUUUAUACGAAAUAUUGCGGGGGAAUCGGUUUUACGAGCCCAGAUGAUUGCAGCUCAAUUACUCCGAGAUGUAAACAAACUUUUUAGGUCUCUUUCAUUCGACGGCAGUUCGAUUGGUUUUGGAAUAGGCGUUCUAGAUAUUCGCGAUGUUCUAGUAAAAUGGUACAUUCACAGUUAUUACAAUGAGUUGUCCGAGUCAAUAUACGAUGUACUGAGUUACUUUGCCUGGACUGAUCUCCGCAUAAACGAGGACUAUUGUGGCGCUCUGUUAAUUACGGCAAGAUUUUUCACAAAGUGCGCGAGUACUUCGUCAGCUUAUAGUGGAAACAUCAGUUUUGAUUCAGGUGUGUGCUCGAAGGUGCGCAGACAGUGGAGAUGGCCCCCUUUACCUCGUGAAUCAUAUGUUCAGUAUACAGUGGCAAACGUGGGUUUAGCAAACCUAUAUAAGAAUAACCUGACUAUCCCUAGAAGAAGUCAAAUAAUGACCAUAGCCCAGGUAUUGGCCCGGAUGAUGGGAGCCAGUACUCAAGAGGGUUCAAGGACAAUCAUGGACUGGCUUGACAACCCUGAAGCCCUUUCGAUGGAGUUCAGUUCUACCACCGUUAGAGAAAUGUCGACUCUUCUACGCCGAAAACAAUCUACGGAAUGCUUUAGCAAGGACAGUUUAUGCGGCAAUGAAAGACUGGAUCCGGGUGAGGAAUGCGACGAAGGCUUCGAAGGUGGUCCUUGCUGCGGUCUCACCUGCCACUUCAAAAGGGGAGCUGUUUGUAGCGAUUUAAAUCACGAAUGCUGUGACCAGUGUCAAUUCGAAUCGGAUCAGACUUUUUGUCGACCUGCAGGUAUCGACUGUGACGACGCAAGAAGGUGCCUUGGUACAUCUGCGGUAUGUGCUCCCGCAUCGUCUAUGAAGGACGGAACAUCGUGCAGAAACCAUGGGCGAUGCGAGGCGGGUGUAUGUCGGCACUUUUGCGAAGUUUUCGGUUACCAACGUUGUGCCUGUAAGGGUAAAGACGCAUGCAAGAUCUGCUGUAUGCGAAAUAACGGACGAUGCUCGCCAUUCGUACCUGCCAUAUAUGCUACGGAUGGCACUCAGUGUACUGGCUCAGAGGAGCACGGUGCAGUUUGCUUCAGAGGCACAUGUGUGAAUUACUGCAAACGGUAUAAGAUGACUGGCUGUGCUUGUCCAGAUGCUGGGCGAGGCGCAGAAAGACAAUUGUGUUGCAUGCUCGACAAGGUUUGCAUGCCCAUCCUUAACCUCGCUUAAAUGGUGCUGCGUUGCGCUGGCCAGGGACUCGCCCGAUACGUUUUAUUCUUAUCCUAUUCCUAGUAAUCUUGCUUAUGAAAUAUGUUCUUAAAGAAAUCAUUACUUUCGGAGCAUGGGUCCGGUAACUUAAGAAAAUUAAAAUGUAUCAUAUGCGAUGAAGACAACCCUUUUAAGUCAGGCAUUUUAAUUAUUUCUAUUAUUAUUUCAA